ACGGACCAAGUUCACGAUCAGUUGGACGUCGAUUGCCGUCGUAUCCAUUAGUUCGCUUUAUUUAAUCUGUGAUAUUUUACUUUGAAAUGCUUCAAUCACGUGUUGCGUUUUUAAUUUCAAUGAGCGCAGCAGUUUUCCUAUGCUGCGCUCCAAUAGUCGUGAAUUCGUACAUAGUUUUCACAUCGGAACCCGAAGAAAAUGCCACCCCAAUCGUAGGCGUACUUACUCAGGAGGUAUCCUUCAAAACCCAAAUAAAAUAUCCUUGCCGAAAUUUGACCAGCUACAUUGCUGCUUCGUAUGUUAAGUUUGUAGAAGGUGCUGGAGCCCGUGCAGUUCCAAUAUGGAUUGGUCAAUCACCUGAAUACUAUAAGGACAUUGUUACCAAAGUGAAUGGAAUACUCUUCCCUGGUGGAGCAACAUCAUUAAAUAAAUCUAACGGAUAUGCAGAAGCAGGAUUCCAUUUAUUCCAAGCAGCUAAAGAAUUAAAUGAACAAGGAAUAUAUUUUCCAAUUUGGGCAACAUGUCUUGGAUUUGAAUUACUCACAUAUAUAGAAGCUAAUAAAAAAGAACACAGAAGUUCAUGUUCGUCUCAAAAGCAACCUUUGCCAUUAGAAUUCAAAGAAGGUUACAAUAAAAGUAGAUUGUUUGGAAAUGCUCCUGACGACGUUAUUUCGAUUCUUAAGAAACAUAAUGUAACUGCUAACUUCCAUCAAUAUUGUAUAACUGAAAAGACUUUUGAGGAAUAUGGUUUUGACAAAGACUGGGAUAUCCUUAGUGUCAAUCACGAUUGGAAUAACUUUAAAUUCAUCUCAACUAUCGAACAUAAAAGAUAUCCUUUCUAUGGUGUACAAUAUCAUCCAGAGAAAAAUCUUUAUGAAUUCAUUGAAAAUCGUGGUAUUCCUCAUUCAGCACAAAGUAUUCGUGCAGCACAAUAUUUUGCUGAUUUCUUCAUCAAUGAGACACGACAGAAUAUGAAUAAGUUUUCCGAUUCCAAAGAAGAAGAAAAUAGUUUGAUUUAUAAUUAUACACCAGAAUUUACAGGACGUGCAGGAUCUAGUUUCGUACAACAAUAUUUGUUUACUGGCAACAAAACAGCAAAUACGUCAUCAGAACCAACACGAACUCUUGCGGGAUGGUUAUGGUGUAGAAUAUAAAUGAUAGAUUUAAUAUUUAUGAACCGUACAAUAAAAUAAUGUUUGCAUUACAAAA